AUGGGUUCAAUAGCUCCCGCGGUGUUGAAUGGCACCUCUCAACAUGGUCAGGAGACAAUUGAAAUACCCCUGCUGAUUGUAGGGGCCGGCCCAGCGGGUGCCUCUCUGGCGUGUUUUCUCUCACAACCACCAUAUUCCAUGACGGGGCUUUUGAUUGCUGCCGCGCCCACCACGUCGCAAACACCACGUGCACACAUAACCAACCCGGCGGCAUUCGAGUGUCUGCGAGACAUCGAUCUAGAGCAGACAUGCUUGGAACAAGCCGUGGAAGGUGAUUGUAUGGUGCACACACGAUGGUGCCACGACAUGACGGGUGAGGAGUACGCCCGCAUCUAUUCGUGGGGUAACGACCCUAAGCGACACGCCGAAUACGAGGGCGCAAGCCCUUGUCACCAUGUGGACUUGCCGCAGACCGUCUUUGAGCCGAUUGUCGUUCAAAGAGCCGCUGCACAAGGCUGGGAUGUCAGAUUUCGAUCCAGCCUAGUGGAAUUCGAGAGAGAAGCCGACGGCCGCAUUCUUAGUCGAAUCAGGGAUGAUCUCACAAAGACCGAAUAUUACGUCCGCUCGAAGUAUCUCUUCGGCGCCGAUGGUGCGCGGAGUCAAGUCAUUCGUCAGUUACAGAUCCCCAUGAUCAAGAAGCCUGGUCAAGGAUUGGCACUUAAUGUGUUGGUCAAAGUCGAUCUGAGUGAUUUUGUCGAGGCUAGGAAAGGGAACUUACACUGGGUUUUCCAACCGGAUCAGGAGUAUCCAGAUUUUGCAUGGAGUGGGCUGAUUAGAAUGGUUAAGCCGUGGAACGAGUGGAUGUUCAUUCUCUUCCCAAAGCCAGGUGCCGAAUUCAAAGAGCCGACACGCGAACAAUAUCUUCAAAGAUGUAAAGAGAUCGUUGGCCGUGACGACAUCCCGAUCGAAAUCCUUGACAUCUCCAAAUGGAACAUCAACGAGAUCGUCGCCCAGCAUUAUUCCGAUGGCAACAUCUUCUGUCUUGGGGACGCAGUCCACAGACACCCGCCUUUCAACGGCUUGGGUUCCAACACAUGCAUUCAAGACGCAUUCAAUCUAGCGUGGAAGAUUAAAUAUGUCGAGCAGGGCCUUGCCUCGUCCUCACUAUUGGAGAGUUUCAGCACCGAGCGGCAGCCGGUCGGCUUGGGUAUCGUCACCCGGGCGAACCAAGGCAUUCGCGACCAUAUGCCAGUCUGGAAGGAAAUGGGAUUGAUGGAAGAGACACCCGAUCAGCGCAUGAAGAUCUUGAACAGCCUGAAGACAGCCACACCUGAGGCUCGCGAGCGGAGGAAGAGAGUCAACGCCGCGAUCGAAGGCACAAGCCACGAAUUCCACGGCAUUGGCGUGGAAAUGAACCACCAAUACGACUCAAACGCGAUUUACUUGGAUGACGAGAAAAAGGCAGGCAGAAAUAAACCCGAGUGGCCAGAAGACGCGGUCCUCCAUCACCGCGUCAGCACGUAUCCGGGACAUCGGUUACCACAUGCAUGGCUGAACAAGACGAUGCCGCUGAAAGACCAAAUCUCCACCAUCGAUCUCGCCGGGCACGGAAAGUUCUCGCUCCUGACUGGAAUCGGAGGUGAGAAAUGGCUUGAAGCCGCUGGAAAAGUGGGCAAGGAGUUGGGUCUCGAGAUCGAUGCACAUUCCAUUGGUUGGGGCCAGGAGUGGGUGGACGUCUACCGGGACUGGGAGCGAAGACGAGAAGUCGAAGAAGACGGCUGUAUUCUUGUCCGGCCAGAUCGAUUCAUCGCUUGGCGAUCGUUCAGCUCGGAGGACGACUGUGAGAGCAAGUUACGGACGGUGCUGAAGAGCGUCCUGGGUUUGUAA